ACAAAUUUUAAACUACAAAGCAAGUCACCACCGCUUUGCGGAAAAAACUGAAGGAGAAGCUUAAAAACAUCGAUUACGGAGAGGACACAGAUAUAUAGUCAUAAUUAAGAGGCAAAUCUGCUGUAUAUAUAUAUAUAUAAUAUUGCCAAAAUAAAUACAUAAUAAUCAUAAUAAAAGUCUAAAUGUCUUCUAUACCACCUAGACCCAAACCUUGGGAAGUUUCCUCGGGAACUUCGUCUGCUUCAGUGUCGGGCGGAGAAGCCUUACCUUCAUCGUCAUCAACAACUUUACCUUCUACUUCAACGGCAGGUAUUAGUUCAGCUGCAGCUUUACCUGAUAGACCUACAUCACUAACAUCUGAUUUUAAUAAUAUGGCUAAUAGUUCACCAUAUGGAACAACAAUGAAUAAUAAUAGUUAUGGUGGAUAUGGUUCACGAUAUGGUAUGGGAGGAGGUUAUGGAUCAUCUAUGUAUGGAUCAGGAUCCAUGUAUGGAAGUGGCAUGUACGGAUCGGGAUAUGGAUCAGGCAUGUAUGGUAGUGGAUAUGGAAGUAGUAUGUAUGGGAUGGGUAGUUAUGGAAGUGGAAUGUAUGGAAUGGGAGGUUAUGGAUCUGGUAUGUAUGGUCAACCUGGUAUGAAUGGACCAAGUAUGUUGGGAGAAGGAACUCAAGCAACUUUUCAACUUAUUGAAUCAAUUAUAGGUGCAGUUGGUGGAUUUGCUCAAAUGCUAGAAGCAACUUAUAUGGCAACUCAUUCCUCAUUUUUCACAAUGAUAUCAUUGGCAGAACAAUUUGGAAAUCUUAAAAAUGCAUUAGGAUCAUUAUUAGGAAUAUAUGCCUUGAUAAACUUAGUUAAAAAGGUAUUUCAUAAAAUAACUGGGGGUACUUAUAAUUAUGGAAUAAAUUUACAAGAAUUCUCCAAAUUUGAAAAGAAUCAGAAGAAACUUGAAGAAAAUAUGAAAAGACAACAACUGGGUAAACCAGCAAGAAUGGCAUUAAAACCUUUACUUUUAUUCUUAGCUGCUUCCAUUGGUUUUCCUUAUAUCUUAAGUAAAGCCAUUCAAAAAUUAAAUGAACAACAACAACGUAAAAUGCAAGAACAGCAACAAAUAAUGGGUAAUGGUGUACCUGCAGGUCCUCUUGAUCCUUCUAAUUUACAAUUUGCUAAAACUUUAUAUGAAUUUAAUCCAGAAAAUCCAACCAUGGAAAUUGAAUUAAAACCAAAUGAAUUAGUAGCAAUUUUAUCAAAAUUAGAUCCUAUGGGAAAUGAAAGUAAAUGGUGGAAAGUAAGAUCAAGACUGGGGAAAGUAGGUUAUGUACCUCUGAAUUACCUUAGUGUAAUAGAAAGAAAAACUCCUCAGAGGCAAGUUGAAGCUGCUAACCAACAACAACAGCAACAACAGCAACAGCCACAAGGUGUUCAAGAGCCAAUCCCAAUAUCUGAUAAAGUUCAAGAACUUAAUGAAAAGGCUGGAUUUUCGGUUAGUGAUUUCCAAAAAUUUCAAAAUUAAGAACAUUAACAGCCAUCACUAUUUACGAUAUCCAUUCGUAUAUUUCCCAUUGCAUUUUCUUACUUAUUUAUUACAAUCCCAUUAUGUAUUUUAAUUCUUCAGGUGU